AUGGAUGAUUUCAAGACAUUUGUCUAUCUCGAACAUGCAUUUUAUAAUUUCUGGAAAGUGUAUGAUAUUGUGUCGACUCCUGGUGAAAACAACAUUGUGCGUGGAAGAGACCUCUGUGAUUCAGUGGGUGAACUAGACGACCAAGUGAUUUAUAGAACACGACAACUUCUCAAACUUGUUCUCGAGAAGCAGCAGAGGGCCAGCACGCAGGAGACAGUAUACUCGAGUGGAUAUCAGGGGGGAACGCGACCCACCGAGCAAGACCUACGCCCCGGAUCUACCAUUUCAAACUGUGAUACCAACUGUUACCUGUAUCUGUGUUCAGCUCAGCAUCGAUUCUACCCGCACCAGGAUCUUCACUCUCAACUAAGGACUGUAGAUUUCCGGUGGUGCUCUUCACAUAUCGGCCAGGUAGACCCAGUGAUUGGCCCGCAUCCCACGUGACGGUGAUACCUGGAAUGCUGACAGAACAUCAUGUCAAUGACGUGCCAGAAUGAAGUCAGUUUCGACAUGCGAGAAAUGGGAAAAGCAUACCAGUACGACUCUUCCGCUGGACAGCAGUAUCAGGGCUAUUAUCCGAAUGCCUACUCCUACGAGUCAGCGCCUCAGUACCAAGCAACGAACGAUAACUACAGAUCGUCCUGUGUCAUGCAAAAUCCGAUGGUGAAUACAGUAGGACAGAUUGACUAUCAGAACUCUUAUAUACACCCUAGCUCGUGUAUGCAGAACAUGGGCCCUAAUCCAUACCAUAUGCCCGGGUCACCACUCCCCCCGAACUCUCCGAUCUACACAAAGGCGCACCAAGAGGUGUAUCCGUGGAUGAAGGAAUCGAGACAAAACUCCAAACAAAGAAUACAGGCAAUAUCUGAAUUCGAACAACCAACGAAGCGUGCUCGAACGGCCUACACCAGUGCCCAACUUGUGGAGCUGGAGAAAGAAUUCCACUUCAAUCGUUACCUCUGUCGCCCCAGGCGGAUAGAGAUGGCAGCCAUGCUAAACCUUAGCGAGCGACAAAUCAAGAUCUGGUUCCAAAACAGACGCAUGAAAUACAAGAAAGAGCAGAAACAAAAGUCGACAGGGGGCGCUGAAAUGUCACCUGAAUGCGACAGUGACAAUGAGAUGUCGCCACUGUCGUCACCUUCUGGUAUGAAUGAUUGUAACGGAGGAGGACAGAUUACCCAGUUACCCCCGUCUGACUCUAAUUGCCAGGCAUUGCCCCCUGGGAACAUAAAUCAGUCGUGUGUAAUCCAAAGCAACAACUCAAUGGGCAAUCAACAGCAAGUCAGUAUUGAUAUUGGCAACAUGGGUAACGGUAUGUCUUUACCGGUUGACAUUGAUCAAAACAGAUCUCAAAAUAACACUGGGGUUGGAUUAGACCAGGGUCAGUCCCCACUUGGCCAGCCUGCGAGUGGUCCUAUGGGGCAGCCAAGUACUCCUGUGGGAGCCUCCUUGGGACAGUCAUAUAACAACUCCAGGGGUACUCAACCACUUAGUCAUCCGCCAAAGCAGUCAUCCAUGAAUUCCUGCUCGGUUGCCCCUUCCACUUACAACACAUCUCAGGUCUCGUAUUCCCAGCAGCAACAACAGCAGCAGCAGGACUAUAACACAAAGCUGACACAUCUAUGAGCACC